AUGUUAAUGCCGUCUCCGACCUUGCUCCAGCUCCACCACUACUCCGGCAGCUACCGGGAUGCACCGAUUUUAGCAUUGCCACUAAACCCCAACGCUCCUGCCUUCCAUGGACGACGCAGAACUGGUACCUCAACAUUAGAGCCGAACAAUGCAGCUGUUGCAUCUAGCGAUGUGGACGAUAACCGUCCCAUGCGUUGUUACUAUCAGAACGUGCGAGGAUUACGGACAAAGGUAGACCCGUUCUUUUUGGCUGCUAGCGACUGCGACUACGAUGUUGUUGUGUUGACCGAGACAUGGCUGGACGAAUGUUUGUACAGUGCGCAACUGUUCGGCAAUGGCUUUGCUGUCCAUCGCACCGAUCGUAACCCCUUGAACAGUAGAAAAACCCGUGGCGGGGGUGUUCUGAUCGCUGUUUCAACUCGAUGGAACAGUUAUAUCGAUCCAACGCCUGUGUCCAAUGCUAUAGAGCAGCUAUGGGUCAGAAUCGCUACGCCUCGUCGAGUUGUGAGUGUGGGUGUCAUCUAUUUGCCCCCGGAUCGACGUAACGAUAUUAACAGCAUUCAUGAGCACGUGGACCCUAUCGGUGCUGUUUUCUCCAACUUGGACCUCAGUGACUAUGCUCUGCAGUUUGGGGACUAUAAUCAACCUCAGCUCCGGUGGUGCAAGUCGAGCGACGGGUCUUUCCAGGUCGACUCCCUAAUGGUUUUAUCUGCUGCCAGCUCUACACUUAUCGACGGUUUUGCCCUACAUGGAUUGAUGCAAGUCAAUGGUAUUGCCAACAAAAAUGCAAGAUUUCUUGAUUUAGUCUUGAGUAACGAGGCCGCAACGCCAGUCUGCACCGUUUCGGAAGCAAUUGAGCCUUUGAUCACUCUCGACGCAGACCAUCCUGCUUUGGACGUCCUGUUGAAUCUCCCAACGCCGAUCAUUUUUGAGUCUGCCUUCGGGAAUGAUGGUACACCGGACUUUCGCCGAGCUGAUCAUGAUGGAAUCAGAUCCGCUAUCUCUCCCGUUGACUGGCAGACAAUAAACUCUGCUACAUGUAUUGACGACGCCGUCGAUUAUUUCCAGCGAACAAUCGUAAAUCUAAUUAGUGAAUUUGUACCCGACACCCACCCGCCUUUAAAACCUCCUUGGUCGAACAAUCGCCUACGCAGACUAAAACGGCUGAGGGCUAGAGCUCUACGAAGAUACUGCCGGAAUCGUUCUCACCUUACAAAACAGGAAUUCAACCGUGCGAGCAUCUCUGUGCAGGAAUCCAAAGCGAUUUUGGCAUUUCGUAAAUUCCAAGAAAAAGAGGCUGGUCUGCCAAUGUCGGUUCACCUUGGGGAACAAGUUGCUAACUCUGAACUUGAGAAGUGCGAUCUUUUCGUCCAAUACUUUAGGAAUUCGUUCAACGAACGUUCUGCCUCACCUGCACAAGUCGCCAUUGCCAUCAACGACUGUCCUAGUGAUACUUUUGAGUUCCGUCCAUUUCACAUUAGUGAACAAAUCGUAAUGUCUGCACUCCAAAAGUGA